AUGAAGUUCACUGUUACUACCGUUGCUCUCUUCGCAGUAGGUGCAUUCGCUGAGUCCUCAGGACACGGCCUUGCUGCUCGUGUCGCUGGACGUAACCGUCUGUCGCACCCCAAGCAGACCAACAACACCAACACUGACUAUUCCUCCAACUGGUCCGGCGCCGUGUUGACAUCGCCUCCAUCAGGCACCACUUUUACUUCUGUGUCUGCUCAGUUCACCGUCCCGACACCUCAAGCCGUGAAUGGUAAAGCAGGCUCAUCCUCUGCCUGGGUCGGUAUUGACGGCGACACCUAUACCGCUGCCAUUCUCCAGACCGGCAUUGACUUUAGCGUCGAUUCCAGCGGUGCUGCUUCCUUUGACGCCUGGUACGAAUGGUUCCCCGAUUAUGCCUAUGACUUUUCGGGCAUCGACAUUAACGCCGGAGACACCAUUGCUGUUUCCGUUGUGGCCAACUCCAACACUUCUGGAACCGCCACCAUCGAGAACUUGAGUACUGCCCAAACCGUUUAUCAAGAUUUGACCGCACCUGACUCCUCCUCUGCUCUUGGAGGUCAGAAUGCCGAGUGGAUUGUUGAGGAUUACGAAUCCGGUGGUAGCUUGGUUACCCUUGACAAUUUUGGAACUGUCACCUUCACUUCAGCCUCGGCUGGUCUUUCCAACGGCGAAUCUGUUGGUACUGAUGGAGCCGAUUUGAUUGAUCUGGAGCAAAAUAGGCGGGUUUUGACCUCUGUUUCAGUCCCAAGCUCGUCCGAAGUCGUUGUUACGUAUGUUUAA